UUUAUGUUUGAUUUUUUUUUUAACUUAUUAAAAAUCAAGUUGUUAUCGAUGGCUAUUACAAAUAAAUUAUUAUUGAGUCAAAUAGCUGGAUACACCAUUGCAGCAAUUCUUUCUCUAUGUAUUAUUAUACCAAUGAGUCUUCAUCAAGAUGAAUUCAAGGGACAUUGUCUUUUGUUUUCUUCGGGUCAAUGGCUUGAGAAAAAUGGUCAAUUUCUAGUAAAUUGGGCAUCCCAAGCAUACUGUAAUUAUUCAAUUUUUGUUGGAGUUCUUCUAUUAGUAAUAUCAUCCAUACAAACAUAUAGGAUGUCAAUUUUUGCUUAUAAAGGAACUGAUAGUUCAUUUUUGUUGACAUUUAUUGAUACUAUUACUUGUGCGCUGAUGUGCGUUUUUACUAUCAAUGCUGCUUUGAUAAUAACAUUUGGAUUUAUGACAUGGUGUAAUGAUAUGAUUGAAAGAUUUCCGUCGUGUGAAAUGGCAGCUGGUAACCCGAUUGAUAUAUUAGAUGGAAUAGAUACAUCCGGUUUUUAUUUUCAACUUGGAGUAGCUCAAUUUGGAAUAUGGGCAUCGUGGUCAUGUUGGAUUGGUUUGACAGUUUGUACUAUGUGUAAACUUUGUUACUAUCACCAAAUGAGUAAUAUGAAAGCUUCAAUGUUACGAGAAAGACAGAAACUUAUUGAUGAAGGUAUGGCUGCACCAACUAGAGUAACCCCAUACAUUCCUCAAACAGAUAUUACUGCAAAUAAAAGUAUUAACUCUAAUACCGAAUCACAUCAAUCAAAGUCUAUUGAUGUUAAACAUUAGUACAUUAUGAUUUUGUUAAAAAAUAUUUAAUUUUUA